AUGAAUUUCCACAAUGCUGCUCGAGAUAUUCAGGCUUUACAGGACUAUCUUCUACAAAACAGAGAUGAGAUAUUCAUGAAAUCUCUUGGAGACGCCAAGGAAUUGUGUAAUGCUUGUGAUGUCCAAGCUGAAAGACGACAGAGAAAGAAGAAGAAAAUGCCUGGAGAAAUUGCAGAAGAUGUAGGACUCACAGCAGAAAAUGAAAUGCCGUGUUUGAUGAAAAGUAUGCUGGAAAAAAUACACAUAGAAAUGGCAGACAUAUUCAUCAGCUUAAAGAAAGUAGACUCUAAUUUUGGCUUUCUUUUAGAUAUAAACGGACUAAUGGCUACAGGCAACGAAAGUAGCUUGAAACAGUGCUGCAUUUCCAUGGAAAACGUUUACGACACAGACUUAGAUGGCUUGGAGAUGUAUACUGAAAUAAUGGACUGCCGAAUGCUACUCAAGACAAGAGCUGAUGUUAAGCUUUCCAGAUCGAUGCCAGAGGACCAGAGGCCUCGCUUUAUUGUACAGUACGGAGAAGAUGUAUUUCCCAAUCUGAGAGUUGGUCUUCAGAUUUUACUGACUAUUGGAACCUCCAUUGCCAGCUGUGAAAGAUCUUUCAGUAAACUGAAACUUAUCUUGUUCUACCUGAGAUUAUCCAUGGCACAGGAAAGAUUAUCUGCCUUAGCUUUGCUCAGUGUGGAGCAGCAGGUUGCCCAGAGUAUAAAUUUUGAUGAACUAAUCGAUAAAUUUGCAGCAGCUAAAGCUAGGAAAAUUUCACUUUGA